AGAGGAAGGCCGGCGGCCGUGGCGGCCCGCGGGCCCCUCCUCGCUCUCCGGCCCGGGCGCCCUAGUGCCGGCGGCGGCGGCGCCAUGGCCGAGACGGAGCGGCCGGAGGAGGCGGCCCGCCUGUGGCGAGACGUGGCCCUGCGCGCCGGGAAAGUGCCGGAGCCGGAGCCGGAGGCGGCGAAGGAGGCCGAGCCGCCGCCCGAGUCGCCGCCGCCGGAGAUGCUGAACCUGAGCGGGCGCGGCCUGGCGGAGCUGCCCGAGGGGCUGUGCGCGGCGGUGGGCAGCCGCCUGCGCGUCCUGUCGCUGCGCAGGAACCGGCUGGCGCGGCUGCCCUCGGCCGCCGCCCUGCGCCACCUGGGCCGCCUGGCCGAGCUCGACCUCAGCCACAACCGCCUGCGCUGCCUGCGCGACGACGGGCCGGCGCUGGCGCUGCUGGGCGGCCUGCGCAAGCUCAGCCUCAGCCACAACCAGCUGGGCGCCGAGGGCGGGCCGCUGCCGGCCGGCCUGGGCGAGCUGCGGCAGCUGGAGGAGCUGGACCUGAGCUUCAACCGCCUGGGCCGCCUGCCCGAGCAGGCCCUGGGCCGCCUGCAGCAGCUGCGCGCCCUCGACGUGGACCACAACCAGCUGGCCGCCUUCCCGCCCGCGCUGCUGCAGCUGCCCGCCCUGGAGGAGCUCGACUGCUCGGGCAACCGGCUCCUGCGCGCCGUGCCCGAGGGCAUCGCCUGCCUGCAGCGCCUGAAGGUGCUGUGGCUCAGCGGCGCCGGCCUGGCCUGCCUGCCCGAGGGCCUGUGCCGCCUGGGCGCCCUGGAGAACCUCAUGGUGGACGGGAACAGCCUGCGCGCCCUGCCGGCCGGCUUCGGCAACCUGCGGCGCCUCAAGAUGCUGAACCUCUCCUCCAACCUGCUGGCCGACUUCCCCGCCGCCGUGCUGGCCCUCCCGGGCCUGGAGGAGCUCUACCUGAGCCGCAACCAGCUGAGCCUGCUGCCCAAAGGCCUCUGCCAGCUCGGCCACCUCCGCACCCUCUGGCUGGACAACAACCGCAUCCGCUACCUGCCGGACUCCGUGGUGCAGCUUCGCCACUUGGAGGAGCUGGUGCUGCAGGGCAACCAGAUCGCCAUCUUGCCCGAGGGCUUUGGCCAGCUCAGCCGCAUCACCCUUUGGAAGAUCAAAGACAACCCGCUGAUCCAGCCCCCGUAUGAGGUCUGCAUGAAGGGCGUCCCUUACAUCGCCGCCUACCAGCAGGAGCUGGCCCACUCCCAGCCCGCCCUGAAACCCCGGCUCAAGCUGGUCCUGAUGGGCCUGAAAAACGCCGGCAAAACUCUGCUGAGGAAGUGCCUCAUGGAGGAGGAGGAGGAGGAGGAGGAGGAACUGGGGCAAAGAUACUCCUCCAUAAUGGCAGCCCGCAAGGAUUCUGGGAAGCCCCAACCCAUGGGGUGCUGCAUGGAGCCACGGAGAGAAUUGCCAAGGCCUCGGUCCCCAAAAGCACAGCCAAAUCACCCCCCUAUCGUCGAGCAGCCAGAGGCUUCCCCACCGGCUUCGUCCCUGAAGUGUCCCCGCUUCGGAUGUGUCUUCAGCAAGCAGCAGGGAAUGCUCCUUAAUCCGCCCCCCCAGACUGCUGGGCAGACCCAGCUUGGAUGUUCUGCUGCUGAGCUGCAGCAUGACGCUCUGCCCUUUGCACCCCCAACGGGGAAUGGGGACGUGUGUUUAGGGUGUUCCCCACCACGGGCUGCCAUGCUGCCAGCUUCACCUGCUGCAGGGCUGCCAGGCAGCGGGAGAGGCAUCGAGGUGACGGACUGGACGGCGGAUGCAGAGAGGAGCUUGACUUUCAUUGUGUAUGAGCUGGCCGGUGACCCGAGCUACGACGUGAUCCAGCCCUUCUUCCUCUCCCCUGGAGCCCUCUAUGUACUGGUGGUGAACCUGAGUACUUACGUGCCACAGUGUUUCUAUUCCUCUGUGGGACACUUCCUUCACUGGCUAGGGGCAAAAGUACCACAUGCCGUGGUGUGCAUGGUGGGCACCCACGCGGAUCUGUGUGCCGAGCGGGAGGUGGAGGAGAAGUGCUUAGACAUACACCGGCAGAUUGCCUGGCAGGAGAAACGGGACUACGAGGGCCUGCAGAACUUGGCUCAGCAAGUAGAUUAUGCCCUGGGGCAAGAUUUUGAUCUGCGGUGCUCUAGCCCGCACGUUGCCUUCUACGGUGUGUCGGACAAGAACCUCCGGCGUAAGAAAGCACAGUUCCAGUACCUGCUCAACCACCGACCCCAGAUCCUCUCCCCGGUCCUGCCCAUCAGCUGCUGGGAUUGCUGCCAGGUACGCCGUUUGCGAGAGAAGCUGCUCUCAGUGGCGGAGCACAGAGACAUCUUCCCAAACCUUCACCGGGUGCUGCCGAGGUCCUGGCAGGUGCUGGAGGAAUUGCACUUCCAACCGCAGGCUCAGCAGCUGUGGCUCAGCUGGUGGGAUUCGGCCCGGUUGGGCCUGCAGGCGGGACUGACGGAGGACCGCCUCCAGAGCGCCCUUUCCUACCUGCACGAGAGUGGCAAGCUGCUGUUCUUUGAGGAGCACCUGACCCUACGCGAAUACGUGUUCCACAACUUGCCCAGGCUCAUCGACAUCCUCAACGUCUUUUGCCAGCGGGAUGCGAUGGUGUUGUUCCACAAACUGCUCAGUAAUGCCCCUGCGGAUGAGCUGAAGGCCACGCAGCUCCACCACUACGUGGAAGGAUUCCUGCUCCACGGACUUCUCCCCACUCACGUUAUCCGACUGCUCCUCAAGCCCCAUGUCCAGAGCCGAGAGGACCUGCAGCUCAUCCUAGAGCUCUUGGAAAAGAUGGGGCUCUGUUACUGUGUCAAUAAACCCAAAUCCAAACCUUUGAACGGGGCCACUGCCUGGUACAAGUUCCCCUGCUAUGUGAAGAACGAGAUGCCCCACGCAGAGGCGUGGAUCAAUGGAACUAACCUGGGCGGACCAUCCUUUGUGGCUGAGCAGCUGCAGAUUGAAUACAGCUUCCCCUUCAUCUUUCCACCAGGCCUGUUUGCCCGCUACAGUGUCCAGAUUAACAGUCACGUGGUCCAGAGAUCAGAUGGGAAAUACCAGAUUUAUGCCUACAGGGGGAAGGUACCUGUGGUAAUAAGUUACAGGCCUGCCAAAGGUGCCCAGCAGCCAGAUACUCUGUCCAUUGCUAGCCACGCGUCUCUACCAAAUAUAUGGACGGCUUGGCAGGCCAUAACGCCCCUAGUGGAAGAACUGAAUGUCCUGCUUCAAGAAUGGCCCGGCCUCUACUACACUGUGCACGUCCUUUGUUCCAAGUGCCUUAAAAGAGGGUCGCCCCACCCACAUCCAUUUCCAGGAGAGUUGCUGAGUCAGCCCAGGCCGGAGGGAGUGACGGAGAUCAUCUGCCCCAAGAAUGGAAGUGAGCGCGUGAACGUGGCUUUGGUAUAUCCCCCAACACCAACGGUGAUCAGCCCUUGUUCCAAGUGACCUCUGGCAAUUGCCUGUCUUUGCCCCUAUAUAAGGACACACCAAAUACCCCUUAAUCAAACAAGCUCUUGCUACGCGUUUUUGGAGACAUACAGCCCAGAGAUGAUUCUGAUUUGUUUGUGGGGACCUGGACAUCACAGCUUGAGGAAAAAAGAUUAAAGGGAGCCGGGUGUGUUGAAUGUUGCUCGUUGGACUGGACACAGAUCUGCAGUCUGGCCGAACUGACCCUUAACACCAGUCAUGGGUCGGAGUUGUGCGUUCACAAGAACUCUGCAGUAGUUAGCCGAAGCAAGAAACGCAGUGAAGCUCCCCGUCCUAAACUUCCCGCAAACUUUUGUGUCCACUUUGCUCUGAAGCCCCUGGGGGGUUGCCACUGCCUCCCCAUGGUGAUGCCCUGGGACUGAUAAAUCUACAGACCUGUGUUGUGCACUUGUUUGGACCUGUUAAUGAAUGUAAGACUGUGCUGUCGUCAUUUGGAUGUACCCGAAGGAAUAUCUACUCAAAAAGGAAAUAUUGGGAACAUCCUAUGGGGCUAUUCCCAUGCAGUUUCCCCAUAGGAAGAAGCUAACAAUUCUGUGGCAGUGUUGCGCUGUGGAAAAGGACGCAAAAUCAAAACUGGAAGAUACCUCUUCUUUAGAAGGACACAUUCCCAGGAACUUGAAUGCAUAACUUAACAAACUCAAAACUGAAAUGAUUUUAAAAGUAAUAUAUUAACUUGCAGAAGAAAGGCGGGCUUGGAGGAUUUGUCAUUUGACCCUCGGCCUCAGGAUCACCCUCUAACCCAGAGCUGCUUGCCAACAGAAUGAGUUGAAAUGCUUCUCAGGGAUUAUAUUCAUUGUGUAGUUGGAAAAGCAACACCUGCAGUCCCAAUCGGGGGGUACUCCAUUUUCAAGUCUGUCUAAUGUGAAAGAGGGGGCCACUUUGUUAAGAUCACUGCUGUUCAGUAAUUCGUGGUGGUUUGGGUAUUUUUUUUUUUAAGUGUCAGUCUUUAUUUUUGUAAUAUGCAACUUUUUAAUUAUCUAUGCAGUUUAAAAUUUGAGUUCACACUGGGUGCAAAGUGGAGCAUGGAGAUUGUGCUAGACCAUCUUCUGGAAUCUUUGUUGUCAAAAUAUCGCAUGUAUGUAUCACCGCCGUUAAAAUAUCACACACACUUUCACGAUAUAUACUUCAGUUUUCACUGCAUUUAUUGUACAAACUGCCUCACUAACAAUAGCACAGAUUCGUUGGGGACUGCCUUUGCUUUCCCAGCGGGAAACGCUUGGUUCACAAGCACUGGGAAGCCAAAUCUAGUAUGGCGGGCCGUCCAGUACAGCAUUCCUUGGCUUUUGACAGUAGUAGAUUGGAAGAUGUUCCAUUUUGUGGGAACCACAACAAAAUGGGAAGGAGAAAGGAGGGAGAACAAGUUAAAAACUUAAUUUGUGGCAGAUCUGCAGCAUAGAGGGCAAUGCAGCAAUUUCGAAAUCAUUCUUUCCAAAAUAUCCUUCUGGAAAAAUUGGACCAGGGAACAAAACUGAACUGGCAGCAGGAUUGAAGGUAGACAUCUGUCAGCAUUGGAGUCUUUAAGAAUUGUGAGAGUCAGAGGCUGUAUACAAAUAACAGGCAGCCCUGAACCUGGGGGUCGUCACGGCGAGGUGCACCCACGAAUAGAUUUUCUCCCUAAAUGGACUGGGCUUUGUUUCAGUAUAUUAAAAUGAGGAGCGCAAAAACUUGCAAGAUUAUCACUUCCUCUGUAAUAGAUGUUUACCCUCUCCAGAAGUCGUUCUUGACACCAAAUCACAUCAAUAAGUCAACUGAUUUGAAUUAUCCUAGAAUUGAUGGUCCGUGUCUUGUAGAUUGCUGCAGGUCAGUUUCAAAAGAAGGAAGUUGUCAGGGUGCACUUUCGGUGGUACCCGAGUAGUGGAAAGGCUGGGAUCUCAUGGUGGUCUUACACUGCUCUGGUAACAUUAACCAUUUUUGCCCAUGGGGUUCGGGCAAAUAGUAUGAAUACUUCCUGGACAGGGUGAUUGAAACUGAUACCUAACCUUGCAGUUCUGCGUCACAACACAGAACCCAACUAGACAAUAGUUUUUUCAACGUAUUCGACACACCAGCCAACUUGUGUUUCCCGCAGCUACACAGCAGCUGCGAAUGGCUUCUUUUUUAAAAAUGGCUGCAAAUGGCUUCUUUUUAAAAAAUGGCUGCAAAUGGCUUCUUUUUAAAAAAUGGCUGCAAAUGGCUUUCAAAUGCAGCUGUGGGAGGGGAAGGGCUCAGCUCCUGCCUUCACUCCAAGCCAUUUCCCUGUGUAAAAACACAGUGGGGGAGUGUUCUCAUUUUGGCUGUUUCACAUGCACAAAUACUCCAUGUGGAGCAGUGAAAACGGGCACCCCCCAGUGCCAUUUUUGCACGGGAAAACUGCUCGGGGGAAGGCAGGAGCAGAGCCCUUCGCCACAGUGGCAUUCUGAGCCUGUUUGGGCUUUCCUUUCUUGUUGUUAUUAAGCCGUUCUGCUGUGUGUCUGCAGCGAAUACGAGUUGGCUGUGUGGCAAAAUCAUGAAAAAAGUAUCUAGUUUGGAUCACACUGGAAAUUUUUAAUCUGUUAAUGGAUUGGUUUGGAACCAGCUAUAGGGCAACAGCGACCAUCUUAUAAACAGCAUCACCCUCAAAAUUCUGGGUGUGUUUUAAGGUGCCAUCCUGACACUGACCUAAACAGCUGUUCAGUUUUAUAUUUAGUUUAAUGAGAACCGAAAAACGGAACAUACAUUGACAAACCUGUUUUAUGUCAGCAGUGAAAUUUUAAACCUUUAAAAAAAUUAGCCAUUAUAUUGAAAUCCAGAACUUUCUCUAGGGCAGCCUAGUUGACAACUCUAUACAAGAGGAGCUGGGUAUUUUUAAUUGCAAUGACUGUUGGAUCUUGUAGAUAAUUUCAGAUCUAUAAUGUGAAUUUAGGUGGUGAAGUAUCCUGAGAGGCUAGUUGCCUUUUCAGUUUGCAUUCCUGAUGGUUAGUUGGCGUAAGAGCUGAGAAAAGUUUCAAAAUCAGAUUUCAAUUAACAUCACUUUAAUGAAGUUGAUCAAGCUUCUGAAAUACGUUAUUUUAGAUUCGCCUUGAAUUGCAUCCAACCAAAUUUGGUCCUCCUCUGGUUAAAGUGCCAAAACAGCAAUAUAAACCAGUGGUAGUUACUAUUUUCAGACUACUGAACUUCUGCCAGAAAGUUUAAGGGGCAAUCCAUGGACAAGAUAGAAUUGAGAUGAAAUGUCCACAUGUACUCGUCUUGGAUGCAACUUUCUGGAUCGCAAGGCUUAUACAAGAAGACACAUGGCCAUUCUCAUUUUCUCUUAGAAAGCCAUGGCAUCUAAACUUUGGGUCCCCUGCAAAAGUCGGUCCUGAUCUGUGAUUAGAGACUGAUCCAUCCCUUACUGGACUUCUAGGGCUUUGGUUCCUACCUGUCUGGGGGCCAUUGGCCCUUUGCAUCAUCGUGCUACAGGAACAGAGGCUAAGUUCUUGUUUCCAUACGUGAAAACGUUAAGAACCCCCCACCACCAGAAUCAUUCUUUGCUGUGCACCCAGCUGAAGAGAGAGAGCUUGGCUAGGUCACAAGGGGAUCUUGCUGGCGUGGCAUCAGCGAAGAGCCUUUGCCAGUUUUCCUGGGAAGACGGUGAGGUUUCUGCUCUGCAAAGCACAGGAAUCAUUCAAGCAGUUCCUCUUAAAGCAGCUGAAGAAUUGCCCUUGGAAUCGGUCAUGUUUUCUAUCCCUAAAUCGGGUGACGUUUCUUGGAUUUCCAUUGCAGUGCUGCCAAACUCUCUGUGUGUGUGUGUGCGCGCGCGCGUGUGUGUGUGUGUGUAGUUCCUCAAAAGGCUUGAUUCGCUUGUGAAAGGCUGGGAAAGGGGUGUUCGUAUAACAUAGAAGAGAGGCUGUGGGGCUGUACUGAUGGCGAUCUGUUAAUUCUCCAUAUUACAGGCUUUUUUUUUUUUUUACAAAACCUAUUCUCACCAAAACAGAAACCUGAGAAUAAAAAUAAUCUUUAAACUUG